AUGGAUACUCGCACCUUCGUCUCCGACUCGCUCCUCCAGUUCACAGGCGCAUCCGAUCCUACAAUCGUCGACUUCGUUAUCGCCACAGCAAACGACGCCAAAUCCACACAUGAAUUACGAGAUAAGCUGGUACCGUUCCUAGAAGGCGGCGAUGAACAUGGUAUCGACACCUUUUGCGCCGAUCUUUACAGACGCGUCGGCCCUGGUGGUGGAGGUGGAGGUGGGCAAUCGAAAUCGCACGCUAUGACUGAGGCAGCGUCAUCAUCGAAGAAGCAGAAAUACCGAUUGGUAGAGAUGGAGGAUGCAGACUUGUCGUCUAUAGGCCCGCCGAACGUAGACUCGUCAGACAAACGUAGGCGAGACAAACGAAAGGACGAGUCGAGGACGAAACGUUCCAUGCGCAAUCGCUGGGAAAGCGACGAAGACGACCAUGCGCACGAACGCAGUCGACGCGAUAAAGAUCUCAAUAGUGACAGCAGAAGCAGGAAAAGAGGCCGAAGUCGAGGAGAGGCCGAAAGUCGAGAUCGGAAUAGAAGGUCGCGGAAGUUGCGCAGACGAGACGAUGAAGAUUUUGAGGAUCGCUGGGGUGAUGAGGAGAUGUUACCUGAGGAAGAGGAAUAUAUUGAUGAACAAGCACAUGGAGAGCCUGUAUCCCCUCGGUCAGAUGCAUCGUCAUCCGCUGGAUUAGAUGAGGAAGCAAAGGCAGAACGAGAACGACUUCGCGAUAUAAGGGAACGUGACGAAUUCGCCAAACGACUCGCAGAAAAGGAAGAUUCGAAGUCGAAGAAGAAAGUUGUUGAGGAUCGUACUCGGCGAGCCGGUGAUAGUAGUCGUCGUGCCUUGGCCGACGAUGCCGAUGCCAGAGGUGCGGCAAUGCCUGAUCUUCGAUUACGAUCUCGGCAGGAGUACCUGAAGAAACGAGAAAUGGAGCGUAUAGCUCUGCUCCGAAGGCAGGUUGCCGAAGAAACGAUUGAGCUGCGUGAGAAUCCUGAUCUUAGUCGGCGAGAAAAAGAAGAGUUUGCCAGGAAUCGCGAGGUACUUCGGAUUGCCGAGGAACGACUUCGUAUUGAUGAUCAUCGCGAUAGCUACAUGAUGCCUGAAGACUAUAUCACAGAAAAGGGAAAGAUUGACCGGAAGAAGAAAGAGGAAGCCCUAUAUAAACGAUACGUUGACCGCGACGAGCAAGGUCACGAACGAUUCGUCACGGAGCAAGAAGAAUGGGAGCGUGAGCAAACAGCUAAAGCGAAGGCACAGAUUUCGCGAGCAGAGUUCGUCGAUGAGGGAGACUAUGAAUAUGUGUUUGAUGACGCGCAGAAAAUCAACUUUAUUAUGGAUUCUAAGCUCGAGGGUGACCGGAAGCCUUUGACCAAGGAACAGCAAAUGCUACAACAACAACUAGAUGCGGCAGAGAAGAAAGCCGCGUCUAUUGAAGAAACUCGAAAAAGUCUACCUGUAUACCAGUUCAGGGACGAGAUUAUCCAAGCAGUCCAUGAUCAUCAGGUUCUGAUUAUCGUCGGAGAAACCGGAAGUGGUAAGACCACACAGUUACCACAGUUUCUUUACGAGGCAGGAUACACCAAGAAUGGCAUGAAAAUCGGAUGUACGCAGCCCCGACGAGUAGCUGCUAUGAGUGUUGCUGCUCGAGUAGCUGAGGAGAUGGGGGUGAAGUUAGGCAAUGAAGUUGGCUAUGCAAUUCGAUUUGAAGACAAAACUAGCGACAAAACUGUCCUCAAGUACAUGACGGAUGGUAUGUUGUUACGAGAGCUGCUGACAGAGCCCGAUUUGGGUGCUUAUUCGGCCUUGAUGAUUGAUGAAGCCCACGAGCGUACUGUCAUGACAGAUCUCGCGCUUGGAUUGCUGAAGGAUAUUACCAAAGCACGACCAGAUCUAAAAUUACUUAUUUCGUCUGCAACGAUGGAUGCACAGAAGUUUCAAAAGUAUUUUGACGACGCACCCAUCUUCAACAUUCCCGGUCGCCGAUAUCCAGUUGAUAUUCAUUACACUUCUCAACCGGAAGCCAAUUACCUUGCAGCCGCUAUUACUACCGUUUUCCAGAUCCAUAUUACCCAGGGUCCGGGAGAUAUUCUUGUCUUUUUGACUGGCCAGGAAGAGAUUGAGGCAGCAGAACAGAGUCUUCAAGAAACUGCACGUAAAUUAGGUGGCAAGGUACCUGAGAUGGUAAUAGCACCGAUUUAUGCCAAUCUGCCGACUGAAUUACAAACAAAGAUCUUCGAGCCAACGCCGCCGGGAGCGAGAAAAGUAGUAUUGGCUACUAAUAUCGCCGAGACCAGUCUGACAAUUGACGGCAUUGUAUACGUCAUUGAUCCAGGGUUCGUGAAAGAAAAUGUUUUCAACCCACGAACUGGAAUGGAAAGUUUGGUCGUGACGCCGUGUUCGCGAGCAUCUGCUGGUCAACGAGCUGGUCGAGCCGGUCGUGUUGGUCCGGGCAAAUGCUUCCGACUGUAUACCAAAUGGGCAUACCACAAUGAAUUAGAGGAAAACACAACGCCGGAGAUUCAGCGCACGAAUCUUAGCAGUGUUAUCCUUAUGCUCAAAUCUUUAGGUAUUGAUCAGUUGCUGGACUUUGAUUUCAUGGACGCUCCGCCAGCCGAAACCAUCAUUCGCGCGUUAGAACAGCUAUAUGCAUUAGGAGCACUCAACGACCGCGGCGAACUCACAAAGAUCGGAAGGCAAAUGGCCGAAUUCCCUACAGAUCCCAUGCUAGCCAAGUCUAUCCUGGCUGCUGAUAAGUACGGUUGCGUGGAAGAAGUCUUGUCGAUUAUCGCCAUGCUCGGUGAAGCUAGCGCUCUCUUCUAUCGGCCUAAGGACAAGAAAAUCCACGCAGAUAGCGCCCGCGCACGAUUUACCAUCAAAGAAGGCGGAGAUCAUCUUACACUACUUAACAUCUGGAAUCAAUGGGUUGAUUCUGAUUUCAGCUACGUCUGGGCACGCGAGAACUUCCUGCAACAACGCAGUCUGACCCGCGCCCGCGACGUACGCGAUCAACUGGCCAAACUAUGUGACCGAGUCGAAGUGACCGUCACCUCCGCAGGAGCCAGCAAUAUAGUGCCCAUCCAAAAGGCCAUUACAGCAGGAUUCUUCCCCAAUGCCGCACGCCUCCAACGCGGUGGUGACAGUUACCGCACCGUCAAAAAUGGGCAGACGGUUUACCUACAUCCCUCCAGCACGCUGUUCGAAGUCAACCCGAAAUGGGUCAUCUAUUAUGAACUUGUGCUUACAAGCAAAGAAUAUAUGCGAAGUAACAUGCCUUUGCAGCCGGAAUGGUUGGUUGAAGUGGCACCGCAUUAUCACAAGAAGAAGGAUCUGGAGACGCUGGGAUUGGAUAAGAAGGUGCCAAAAGGUGAAGAUCCCUUAGCACCACUCGCCAACGAAUAA